UGUGCAUAACAACCAAGUGGAAAACUUAGUUUUAAUUCAAGUACAGAAUCAAGUAUACAAAAUGGGCUGCAAAGGUUGUGGAACAAAUUGCCAGUGCACAGCACAGAAAUGCGGAGCAGGUUGCUCCUGCAACAAGGAUUGCAAUUGCGUGUGCAAGAAUGGACCAAAGGACCAAUGCUGCAGCAACAAGUAAUCCAUAAAUAUUCAAUUCCAUCAAAUCUUAUGUUGGCCAAUAUGCAAUAAAAAAUGUGUCUCCCAUGGGAA